ACCAAUGUUCUAGCAAACGGCCAGUCACGUGCUUGGGGACAGCCUAUCGCUGCACGGCACAUUUACAUUUGUUCUGUAAUCUCAUAAGGAUCGCCCGGCACACCCCGGGGUAAAGUCUGUUGAGGCCGAGUACAGCUGAUCGGUGGCCGGGACUAAAGCAAUUCUAAAGGCGUGUUAUAGCCGUAACCUCCGAAGUGACGUCACUUUCAUUCCAGACACGAGUGACGUUGGCAUGUCACGCCUCAUUGCUUUCCAACCAAUAGAGAGGCAGUUACCGGUAGCCCCGCCCCCCCAGCCGUCACAUGGCAUAGAGGUUGUAGCCGUCAGGACUACUAGUGACUGAUAAGCUUUGACCUGCUGGCCCCGGACACGCUCCAGCACUGAACAUGCCAAUCAACGUGGAUGAUAUAAUGCGCCUUUUGUGCCACUUGUCGACGGAGCAGAAAAUGAAGGCCGCUGUGAAGCAUUCUGCCAGGGGAGCAGUGGCUGCCGGGGCUGGGGCCUUUGUUGGAGGAUUGCUAGGAGGACCUCCAGGAAUUGCCGUGGGUGGUGCCCUAGGGGGAGUCUUUGGGGCCUGGAUGGCAAAUGGACAGUUUAAGCCUAUUCCUCAGAUCCUUAUGGAACUUCCCCCUGUGCAGCAGCAAAAACUGUGUGACCAGAUCUACUCCAUCAUCAGAACCUUGGACUGGACUGAUGCAACACAUCUCAUCAUGCUUGUAACAGGCAAUGCUGCUCUUCAACAGCAGGUGGCAGCAGCGCUCAUCAGUUACGUGACACAGGAACUAAGAGCAGAAAUCCAGUACGGAGACUAGAAUAAAGGGCGAGUGCUGACGUUACCGUGUUGCUGACCUGCACUGAUCUAUUUUUGUUUAAUGACUAUGGAGCCUGAUGUAAUAUUACAGUGUUGUUUGUAAUCUACCACUGGUGGCGCUGUACCAAAAAUAGAACAAGGAAACUGACAGAAUCAUUAUUUUUUAUUUUUGUGGCUUUAUUGACCUUAUGUCAGUCUCAGGAUAGACUUUGGACAGAACAUCUGAACCUGCCCUAUAGCCGUGCCCUUAGAAACCUAUGGUACAUAGCUUGACUUGCUGUAGGAGCAAUGAGCGACAACCUGAGCUGUGACAACCAUUGCCAUUACCGUAUUUUUCGUUCUAUAGGACGCACCGGCGUAUAAGACGCACCCAAUUUAUAGGUGCAAAAUCUAAAAAAAUAAAGAUUUUGAACCCAAUAGUGGUCUUCAACCUGGGGACCUCCAGA